AUGGAUCAUAGCACUCCAGCCCUUGCAGAAAUCAAAGGGAGGACCUUGAAGCCCAACACACUACAGGUAACUCUUGGCAUCCCAAAUAGAAACCACCAGAGCAUCGGCAUCUUUUCUGUGAUAGCAGGGCUCCUUGCCACCCUCCUGAUCAUUACGAUUUUGUGCAUCUUGUGGAGCUGGAAGAAACGCCCAGUUCCUUACUUCCGAGUUACUGCCAUGUCCUCGUUGACCCUGCCUCAGUACAGACAAAGACCUAAGAACAUUUAUGACUUCUUGCCUCGGAGGCCAGAAGAGCCAGGGAGACAUCAAUCCAGGAACAUUCGCGUUUUCAGCACUGAAAGCCUCCUUUCCAGAAAUUCUAACAGCCCUACCCCUCAUCAUGCGUCUUCAUGCAUGGGCAAUGCCGUCCAGGUGCGUCAAGGCCAUACCUGUACCGUAGCGUAUGUGAUGGGUGUCUAUGACAAUGCCAUGGUGCCCCAGAUGUGUAGGACCCUCACUCCUUCAGCAUACUACAUCAAUGUCGGAGCUUCCAGAGACGACCUAAGCAUUUCAUCAGAGGAUUCGAGGGACUAUGUCAAUGUGCCCAGAGCCGAAGAGAUCACUGUGACUGUAACUUCCACCUCCCCUGGGAACCUCUUUGUCCUCCCAAGAGCACAAGAGCUGGACUUUCCUGACAAAAGAGACAUGGGCCACAGGGAUACCAGUGAAGACACCAGAGUUUGGUCUCCAGGAACUGAGAGCGAUGACCAACUCAGUGAUGAGGAAAGUUCUUCUCAGACUUCAAAUGACUAUGUGAAUAUGUCAGAAUUCAAUCUUGGGGCCACCCAGGCAGAGCAGUCCUGGAUGACUUUGCAGUGCUCCCGAGAUUAUGAAAAUGUUCCAUCAGCAGAUGCCGAUGGAGGCCAGCAGCAGGCAGGGGAAAGAGUGACAUCCUUAAAUAUAGACCCUGUAGAAGGCAGGACAGAUGCUCUGGGGACCCACAUGCAGCCUGUCAUGCAGUCAGGCAGGUUUCUUGUUUUAGUGGAUCACAUGACCUUUCAGCCAUUGGCACAGAGUGAGAAUAGUCAGAUGAAGCAUGGAGAAGAGUCAUCAAGUGAGGAUGAUAGUGACUAUGAGAGAGUGCUACCUGCCAAUUUAGAAUACAGAGACUCUGAGCAGGGACUGGAUACCCAGCUCCUUCCUGAUGAAUUAAGACCUAGUCACCCAGCUGGAAAGCUCCAGGGGGUGGUUUAUCCUGCUGUACCCAUGACCUCAUCUGCAAGGCGAAGUGAAAGCCCAACCCCGGAGGCCCGCCCUGGAAGGCGAACAGCUGAGAGGUGGAGGCUCCCGCAGCCUCCUCCUCCCGGGGCUGUCGGGCCAGCGCUGCGCUUUCGCAACCAGCGCCCAUCCGCCCAACCUCGGUCAGCUCGGCGCCCAACGCCAGGCAGUAGGGGCAUCUGUGGCCCUGUCAGUGCCUUCCGCAAGUGCUACCACCCGCUGGCAGGCGAACUACCUGGGAUUAACUACCCGGAAGGAUUAACUACCCGCAGGAUUAACUACCCGGAAGCCGCUAUCCUCUUAGCUAACUAG